UGUAACUUUUAUCUAAAAUCAGAGAAAAAUAUGUGGCUAGAAGAAUGUGAUAGUUUCGCUGAACUAUGUCGAGGAUAUUUGCCGUACUAUUUAUUGAUAAUCCUGCCGAUUUUUAUUAUUAUCUCUCCGGUUAACCCAGUUGCCGCAUCUCAUGAAUUUCCCUUGUAUCGAAUGCAUCAAUAUGACUUACAUGGUGUACCACAUGGUUGUCGUAGUGCACCCAUUUCUUUGGAAGCAAGAUCUCUUACCGGAUGGAGCACUUCCAGACAUUGUGUAGUUACGAAAGCUUUAGAUCUUACUCCAAGUCUGUUUCAUCUUAUUAAAGACAAGGCUGGAGCUUUAAUAGUAGUUUUGCCAGAGAAUCUUACUGAUUUGACAAUGGAAGAGAAACAGCAUAUUAUGAACCUGGAGGAAUCUAUGCUGUUUGGACCAGAAACAACAAUUCCAGUAUAUUUUACUUCAUGGCAUCCCGAUUUACAAAUAAUCUUAGAUGAUCUCUCCAAUGGUUUCAUUACUGAUGAAAGAGCUGGUUCUGCAGCUGAAGCAAUGUUCAAUUCUAUAUCUGCUAGUGGUUACCAGGUAGUUGUAGCAACUGGACAAGCACUAGCUAAGACAGAUGUUAAAGUAGCUACAUUACAUGGUAAACUAACUGGUACUGGAGCAGAAGAAAAGUUGCCAACUAUAGCCUUGGUAACACAUUAUGAUAGUGCAGGUGUUGCACCUGAGUUGUCUUUUGGAGCAGACAGCAAUGCAUCUGGUGUGGCAAUGUUAUUGGAAAUAGCAAGAUUAUUUUCUACUCUGUAUUCAACUAGUAGAUCAAGACCGCAAUACAAUCUUGUCUUUAUUGUAACUGGUGCUGGCAAACUUAAUUAUCAGGGCAGUAAAAAAUGGUUGGAAGAUCAAUUAGAUGGUCUUGAAGGCUCAAUAAUACAAGAUGCAGCUUAUGUCAUUUGUCUUGACACCAUAUCUACUAGUGACCAUCUCUAUGUACAUGUCUCAAAACCACCCAAAGAAAAUUCGACAGGUGGUUUGUUUUACAAAGAAUUAAAAGCUGUGUCUGAAUCAUUAAAUGUUACUACUGUUGAAGGUAUACACAAAAAAAUAAAUUUAGCUGAGGAAACACUGGCUUGGGAACAUGAAAGAUACAGUAUUCGUAGAUUACCGGCAACGACUUUGUCCACUUUAAAAAGUCAUGAAGAUCCGAUCAGAACUACAAUCUUAGAUGUAAUGCAAGCAGAACAAAUAGACAGACUAUUUAAACAUACUCAGACAGUCGCAGAAGCGUUAGCAAGACAUAUAUACAAUUUAAGCUCUAGUCAAAUUUUCACUGAUCCACUGGAUGUUUCUAAAGAAUCAUUAUCUUUAUGGUUCAGUUACUUAGCAUCACAACCAAGAGCUGCUCCGUUAUUAGCAGACAAAAAUAAUAUGUUAGUUGGUACAUUAAAAGAAGUAAUGGCCAGAUAUCUUGGAGAUGUUAAAGUUACUUUGCAUAGUCCUGAUAAACCAGAUCCAGAAUUUGUCUUUUAUGAUGUAACAAAAGCAUUACUGAAUGUAUACAGUGUAAAACCAGCUGUAUUUGAUCUCUUUCUUACAAUUGCCAUCAUUAUAUACUUGGGAAUUAUUUAUGUAAUUGUACACAACUUUCCUCACGCGUAUUCUUUAGUAACACGAUUCUCUAUAAAAAAUAAAUCGUCGUGA